AUAGUUGCCUCCAACAAAAUAAUAAUUUAGGUUUUAUUUUAAAUGAUUACACUGCCAUUAAUUGCAUAUUCUACAUCAACUGCUGGAAAUGCUUCUGGCACUCUUGUAAAUGGCCUUCUUCACCACUGUAGCCUACUGACAGCUGCAUUACCAGAGGAGGAGCUUCUUUCAGAUACAGAGGAUGUAUCUGAUGAUGAAGGUUUCUAUUUGAGUUCAUCUCAGGCAUCUAUUCGCCCAGGGAUUGUACACAGAUUGGACAAAGGCACUAGUGGAUUGCUUGUUGUUGCAAAGGUUAUUUUCUUUCCAGGUCAUGGGCUGUGCCAGCAAAUAGUUCAAGCUACAUACUAUCCAGAGAGUAUACUUCAGCCUUGUGGAGUUCCCUCAUCAUUUGCUGGACGUGUUGAUCUUCCAAUUGACUGGGAUUUGAAUAAUCGAAUUCGUAUGAUUGCUCUACCUGGAUUGAAUAACCGUGGGACGAGCAUGUCAUGCUGCCCGUACAAAGUGAUUGAAAUACUGGCUGAUGGUGCUUCUGCACUGGUUGAGUAAUGUAUAUUGAGUUGGUUGAACCUUUUAUCAGGUACAAAGUGAUUGAAAUACUGGCUGAUGGUGCUUCUGCACUGGUUGAGUAGAGGACGAACUCACCAUGUAACAUUUAUUCGUGUUCAUUUUAAAUAUUUGUCCUGAACUUGCAUUUCACCACAGCUGAUGCUUUCAUGAGUUCUCUAUGUUGAAAAUUUUUAUCCUGAAAAUGCAUUUGAGCACGCAUCAUAAGUUCUCUAUGUUGAUUGUAACAACCUGCAUUUUAGUUUCAACUUGAUGCAAUAGAUACCCCUAGAAAUUUCUUCAUUAGACUGAUGAUUUGGUAUUCAUACCUCAAGACCUCUUUUUCUGGUUCUUCUAUUAUUCUUAUGUAUUCUAAAAAUCUCAUGUCAUGCGGUGUAUGUUCUUUUUUUUUUCUAUUCUUGAUCAUUAAGUCAUAAAUUUCCUUGAUCAUA